GUUACCCGAGGCUCGCAGUGGCUCGCAAACUGUUGGACGGGGAGGGUGGACUUGCUCGCCAUCCUGACUUCAUGUGGACUCGCAGUUAGGUUUCUCUAACUCGGGAGCUUCUUUCCGGUUAAGAGGUUGAGUGAAGUUCCCCGUCGAAUUAUCUUAACGAGUGAAACAUAGACAUCUGGACAGUGGAUUCUCGGACGCGUGUGAAUGACGUUUCCAUCAGUGCUUUGUGCUUGAAAGUCGGUAACCUACACGCAUUAGGCCGCCAUCAUGUUGAAGUACGUAGCAGCGGCAAAGAUCUUAAAGAAACACAAUGCUCAGGUGGACAAUGCAGUGUUUCACUUGCAUUACCGAGUGACAUUUGUGGUGUUCCUCAUAUCCAGUGCCUUAGUCACGGCGCGUGAGUACAUAGGCAAUCCUAUCCAGUGCAUUUCGAAAGCAGUGCCAGGCAAUGUCCUCAACACCUUUUGCUUCAUCAUGUCCACCUUCAGCGUGCCGAGGCACUGGGACGCGCCCCUCGGCGACGGCGUGGCAUACCCGGGCGUGGGCAGUCACGACGACGAGGAUGAGAUCAAAUACCACGCUUACUACCAGUGGGUGCCUUUCGUCCUAGUACUCCAGGCGAUCAUGUUUUACAUCCCGAGGUACCUUUGGAAAAACAUGGAAGGCGGGCUCUUCACCACCAUCCUUGCUGGCCUCGACAAACUCACGCUUGAUGACAGCCAGAGGCACAAGAAGCACAAGAUCUUGUCGCAGUACAUGAUCAAGCACCUCCACAUGCACAUGAACUGGGCUAUAAGGUUCUUCCUGUGCGAGGCGCUGUGCCUGGUGGUGGUCGUCGGCAACAUCUACUUCACCGACUUCUUCUUGGACGGCACCUUCAUGACCUAUGGCACUGAGGUCAUCAACUUCCCCGACAUGGACCCCGAGAACAGAGUUGACCCCAUGACGCGCAUCUUCCCCAGGGUCACCAAAUGCACCUUCAG